AUGCAGCAGCAGUCAGCAGCCAAGGUUCCUCCUCCAGAAGAUAUGCCAAAAUACAGCGGGAACUUUUGCUUCUUUGGAGCGGAUGGUGCCUACAACAAUGGAGUGGUGCUGGCAGCAGCGAUGUGGGUUGCUUUCAGUGCCCUGAAUUUCCCGGGCAAGGUGCCGAAGGUUGUCGUGGAGAGCCUCAGUGUCAUUCAAGGCACAUUGACCGGCACGGCCCGCAAGGCCUCGAGCACAGCACUCAAGCCAGACAAGGCCAACGCUGAGCGGCUGACUGAUGUGUUCCGCUGCUUGACUCGACUGGAGAGUGUGAGCAGAUGCAAUGACAGUGAGUCAAGCCUUGCUGCGAAAACCAACAGGGCAUUGGAUCCGGUCUCCGUGACGGAGGCCUGCAUACUCAUGGUGGGCGCAGAAGCUGCUACUCUCCGGGCCGUCAUAAACAGCUACAACGCCAAGGUCUUUGGCGACAAGGACAUGAUGUUCACCGGCAAAGCUGAUACAAGGGUGCAGAACUUGGGCACCAUGACGGCGGAGAACCGGCAGAAGAUACUGCAAUACCUCGGCAAGGUUGGAUGGGGGAGCAGCGAAUGCACGUGGAGCCUCAAGAUCUUCGACAUGCAGGCCAGACGGAAAAGCAAUUUGUGUCAUGUCGUGAUUGUCAUCAGGCUGUGCUGCAUGUCGGUAUCCCUCCUGGUGACUUGGGAGGCCCUCUACGUCGGUAAGUGCUGCAAGCAGACCAGCCAUGCCGAGCAUCGCAAGAUCCUGACCACCACACUGAGGGCACAGACUGCGUUCAUUGAAUGGAUGCAGGACGAUCAUCGAAACGGGGUCAGUCCUGAUGAAGCGGCCAGGGUCAUGCAGAAAAUCAUUGUGGCUGCUCACAUCUACGACAACGUGCUCACUGUCGCACGGGUGGCAGUGUCAGAACGGGAUGCAUGGUGGCAGUCUGUCCUCCAUGAAAGCCGAAUGGAUGGCUUCUUCGAUUCCUUUGUGAGUGGACUGAUGUCUGAGCUUGACCAGUAUGCCCGGCAGAUGAUCCCCUCGGUGCGCCUCCUGCUGGAAGAGACGUCCAUCACCAUGGCCUCCAUGGCACCGGUGGACCUCUCGGACCUCGAGCAGAAGAAACUUGAGAUCUUAAGCGACACCUACUGCAGCGAGCUGCAGAACGACAUGGCCGUGUACAAACACUUCCGACAAGGCCACAUGGACACUCUCGCCAAAUGGUCUACGGCGAAGGUCAAGCACGAGCAGAGGUGCAAAGACAACGACUGGAAUGCAGCUUCGGCCUUCCUUUCGAAGUACCUCCAGAUCCUUCAAAUCGAGGCCGACCCCAAGAAGCUGGACAGUGUCAGGAACACCUUCGUGACGGAGGCUGCCACUUUCAUGAAAAGUGCCAUUGGAGACGUGCCAGAAGAGAACGUGGCCGAGCUGUUUGUCGUAGAUCUUCGAUCACAGGGACGCUUGCAGAAGAAAACUGCGGAGCCUGCCUUGACGGUGGCAAUGGCUUUUCCGCAUGCAGUGAAGCUUGUCGCCCAGCCGGUCUUGUGUCGGAAGAGGCAUCGCAAAAACAAGCGAGGGUCCGAUGGCACUACAAAGACGGUGGCGACAGCGUCAAGUUCCAGUGGUUCAUCUUCCGAGAAUGAGAAUGAAGAAAUCGCCGAAAAUGCGGCUGACUCCUUGGCAACAGCAUUGCCGGCAACCGGAUCCAGGUCGGCCAAGUCUCUGAGCAUCAUGCAGAAGAGGCAGUUGCUUAGCGGCGACAUGCGGUUCCUCCGCCGGACCAUAGAGGUGCCGGACCAACACAUUUCUUCGAGCUUCACUUUGACAAUGUCACAGAUGCUGCUGGGUCGCUUCACCAGAGAGUUCGAGGUUUUGGUGCCCGUCAAGGCAUCGGAGUCGCAGGCAUGGAUGGAGGCAAGUGUCUUCAUGAAAGGGCACUUGGAAAAAGUGCCAGCGGCCGAGAUGUUCACGAAGAUCAGUUUGCAAGCCGCAGAGAAAGCACGGUCAGAGAGGGAGACAGAGCAACUCCCAAUGAACAGAGUCAAUGAGGGCCAGCGAGCGCAACUUGGGUCAGAGGCGGUGGCCAAGGUUCUGGAGGAAUUCAUGCAGCAACUGCCGGAAUCCAUCAAGGGAGUGAAGCUCUACGUCAUGUGUGCCGGAAACCCGGACUGGUCUUCCGGGUUCACAAGGGCUCUUUGCAGCAGGCAGUCUGCUGGAAAGAGAGCCCCGCGCAUGGCUGCCGUGGUUUCCGACAGCAUGGAACACCGGGUCCAGAUCAACAAGAUUCACGCAGUGGAGACAGUGCUGGAAUUCUUCCGGUCAGACAGGUUGCAGAUCCCGCAGCACACCCGCCUGCCGGCCAUCCCUCCUGGAUGGGAGAACCAGCAGCCAAGUGAUGAGUCAAUGCAGCGUGCCAUCGGCAAUGUCAGAGCCCAGCUUUCGCAGCACUCGGAGAUCACGGCGGCAGGCUUGUUGCAGCUCAGAAGCUGCCCGGAGAAGCUUGGUGGCAGCGCCAGGAUCUCGACAGCUCGCGAGCAAUUCGAGCAGUUGGCGAAGGCUUUGGGUGAGGCCGAGAGGCCUGGUGGCAGCGGUGUCAGCGGUGCCAACAACACUGAAGGCACUCAGAAUCAGGACAGUGGCACGGCCCCGGCUGCAGAGAUCACAGACAAGGAACUGACACUGGCGAGCUUCGAGGCCAAGUACAAGAUCCUGGGCAAGUCAGAGUCACACCCUAAAGGGUAUUCUUGCAUUUGUGCCACUGCCAUCGGCGAAGCCAAUGCCUCGACCGCGGCGUCCACCUCGGGAGUCUCAGUGUCAGUUUGGCUUUGCAAUGAGAGCGAGGCGGCCAUCAAGAUACCCAAGGACUUCGAAAUCUGUGGGUUGGGCAAGAUGAAGCUCGUACAGCUGAAUGCUGAGGGCAUGGCUUCUGCCAAGGAUCGUGCGGCUCUCCGGUGGGAAUUUGGAGGCAGUGUCAGUGAAGCCGUAAAUGCCGCCAGCCUCAAGAUCGCCUUCGAGAAGCCGGGUACCAAUGGCCUCAAGAUGCAAUCCUGCGGACAGGUCUUCAAGGAUCUUGGGGUCAACGAUUACCAGACUGAUAACCAGUGUCUUGCCAACCUGUUGCUUCUCGUCUGUGCAGUUGUGACUCCCAACUACAUGUUGCCCGUGCUACCCAGGCCAGACUUCUUGAUGUGGAAUAUGCGCACGACGGUGGCAUCCAAUCGAAGCUUGUCGUUCAAGCCCCUCACAGACGUGGCCGGCAUUUUGGAUGAGGACCAGAAAGAUCCAGCCAAAAUUCGCCCUGCCAAUGCUGGAGCAUUCCUCGUGGCAAAGGUGGACGAGGAAGUCCCGCUGCCCAGCAAAGUGCCGGUGUCACGGUUCAUCGUGGUCCCUGUGCUCCAGAGCGUUCAGGCGGCCGUCACAGCAGCUCUUGCCACGGAAGCGUCAGAGGCAAGCCAGGGUGGCCGAGAGUUCGUUUUGCAGCCUGUCAAUGACAGCAUCAUUUUCAGGAUCUUCAGUAAGCAGGCCUUGGAGAUUCCUGGCAAAUCAGUGGUUCUCCUUUCCAGCUGA